AUGGGGGAGCUCCUUUCCUACUAUCUGCGAAAAUAUGCCCUGGAUGCUGCCCUGUUGCCGGCCCUGCUGCGCUCCAUGCGCUCCGCCGUCUUCCCGGGCAACAAGUUUGGCGCAACGCCACCCACACUCGUGGCGCCAGCAAAUGCCCACGAAGAAAAAGCCCUGAGACGACGGACGGCCGAAGCUGUGUGGGCUGUGGCCAAUGGCAAUCGGGCUGCCUCGGAAGCGACGCUAGCCGACAUCGAUGGCGUGCUGGACGUCUUCAGUGACGCCUAUUGCAACAAACACCUGCUGUACGGCCUGCUGGAGGCUAUCCUGGUACGCCUGUUGCCAGAGAUGGCCGACACAGGUGUGCUGGGUCUCUGGGAGGAGCGCCUAAGCUGA